AUAAUUUAUUGAAUUGUUUGUACUGAUAAGUUUAUAAAAAACAUAUUUCAAUUACCCAAAUUUUUGUGCCGUGAGGCACUCAUUGUUUAAAUUUUUUUGAACGUUACUACACCGAAGUGCCUUCUUGAACCUUCUUGAAUAGUUAUUAAGCAUUAUUGAGUCAUGACUCACGAAUGUCUAGACGUGGAUUGAUGUGUGGAUGUAAUUAUCUCGUGUGAAGAAUUUCUCAAUUCCGAAUUAUAUCAAAGAUAAAUUUAUUGUGUAGUAACCGUUCAUGAUAACUGAUGAUAACGUUCUACGCGUGCGUAUAUAUCUACAUAUGUGUGUGUGUGUGUGUGUGUGUGUGUGUGUAUGUGUGCGCAGAACGCUCAGUCGACACAUGUUCAUAUGCGUCAUGGCGCAUGUCAAAUCGCAUGUCUGCCGCUAUCAGCUCAUUUGGCUCGACAGAUAUUUCUCGCGGUUUUGAAAUGAUGCGAGCGAGUUGCCCGUGGAAAUAGGUAUUCCAGCUGCCAGAAGUGCCGCGUCGUUGUCACCACCGGAGCCGUAAGGAUGGCGGAAUCGAGCGGGCCGAUUCUUCACGUCAUCGUCGUCGGGUUUCACCACAAGAAAGGCUGCCAGGUCGAAUACUCAUUUCCACCUUUGGUACCUGGUGCGCCUAAUGAAUGCCCGUUGGGUUGGAAGUAUCUGCCCACUCUCGCUCUACCCGACGGUUCUCACAACUACGACGAGGACACGGUCUAUUUUCACUUACCUAGUCUGAAUGAUCCGAAACGAACGAUAUAUGGCAUUUCAUGUUUCCGCCAAAUACCUGUGGAGAAAUUAAAAAAUCGCACGUCUGAUAUAACGAGAGGCACUGUUCAAAAGUCGGUUUGCGUGCUAAGUACUUUGCCUCUGUAUGGACAUAUUCAAGUAAAAAUGGCCUUGAUAACACAUGCAUAUUUCGAAGAAGGGGAUUUUAGUAAAGUGUCCUUACUGGAGGAUACCUAUCAUCAUCUUAAUUCAUGUAUGAGCGGCGAAAGUCAGAUACCGCCGCAAAUCUUUGUUGGUUUAUCUGCGAGAGAUUUUAUAUUACAGUUCCGUCACAAAGUGUUGCUCUUGUUUAAAUUACUCCUGCUUGAAAAAAGGAUAGUUUUUUAUCAAUCGCCUGUACAGCCACUGUGCGCCACGAUAUUGACUCUAUUGUCGCUGUUCCCAGACAUGAUCGAACAUGGUCUCCAACAAGCUGCAUGUGUGAGACCAUCCAGGCCGAUGUCUCCGAUUCCGACUUUUGAUGAAGAAGAAAUGUCGAAUAAUGUCGACGAUUCCAACUUGUCAUCCACUCAUAUUGUCAAAGAUAAUAUAUCGAAUACGAGUCACGAGCAAUGCAACGAUAACAGCAAUAGAAACUCCUUGUGCAUUAACGACAACAAAACUAUGGAAUCGAUGGAGGGCAAAUGCUUGGACGGUUUGCAGCAUGUAACCUUACAGAAGAAUAACAACGACAAUGAAAAUCUGAAUAUGAAAGUUAUCGAGAUAGAAUCGGCACAGGAAUGCACCGAAUCUUACCUAGAGGAAAGCAAUUCGAAAUAUUCGCCGAAGCCGAACGAUAACGUACAUAGGGUACACAGUGUGAACGCUAUCACAUUAAGCACUGGUGACACAGAUAAUAGUUUACCUCGUGACACGAGUAGCGAUGCGCUUUCUGAUGCGAGAUUAACGAAUAAUAUUACGCAAAUCGCGCACAUUAAUCCAGAGUUAUGCGGCCUACCUUUGGAAUUAUUUACAAAGGGAUAUCUCUGCUUACCUUACCUAUCUUUGCCCUAUUUGGAUCUCUUGGGGGAUGUUAAUGUUAGAGGAUAUAUAGUAGGUGCCACAAAUGUACUGUUUAAACAAAAGAAGCAACUCAUCGAUGUGCUAGUCGAGAUUGAAAAUACGCGGAUAGAGGCGACCGAUCCCGAGCUGAGGCGGCAGCUGCAUCUCACCACGGAGGACUUGAGAUUUGCCGAUUACGUCGUAAGGCAUGUAGCCGAGCCUCGGAAGGAUAUUUUUCUGGACGGGGUGGGAUGGGAGGGUGGCGACGAAUGGAUCAGAACACAGUUCCGGGUGUAUCUGUUGAGUAUGCUGCGUACUUCCAUGCAACAGGAUACUCGUCAGUCGGAUCAUUACAACGCAGCAUUCAUGUCCGCGUGGCGCACUACAAAUAAUUAUAAAACGUGGUACACUGCGAACAAAUCAGAGAUACACAAUAUAGAACCUGGGCACCCAUUCGCUGGUCAGUUAUCGGUGCAAGAUAUGAAAUUACGGUUAUCACACACGAUGCAAAAUACAGAAAGCGGUAGAAAGUUGAAUCAGGCAAUGGCAACGACUGGACGCGCAGUGGCUACCACUGGAAAAGCCGUAGGGGGAGCACUGUCGCAAGCGAAAGGGGCAUUCUCAAAUUGGUGGACCACAUUAACGACAGUUCAACCGGUCGAUGAAGCAAAGAUUGAUAAUCAAACGACAAACAACCAUCACACAGUAUCCAGCGUCACAGACAAAGAGUCUGUCGAAGACGAGGAGAUGAAUAUCUCUACUACUAAUAACGCGGAGUUUACUGUAGAUCUUGAUUAAUUCGGAAACGUAUGCCAAUGAAAAACAAUGGCGAGUGAUCGAAGCUAAAAAUGUAAGAGUCGGACAAAGUUGUGUGAUAAAGAUACGUAAAAACUGAAACAAAGGAUUUCUUGCAAGACUCGUGCUUGUUAAACGACCGACCUUUUUAAAGCACUUUAAUUUCAACGAGAGAAAGUAUAAAGUACGAAAUUAAAAUUGCGUACAACAGACUGUAUUAAUGUGAUAUGCAGUUUCGCAAAGAGAUUUUUUUUUAAGCUGCCGGGCAAAUUCUAGAAGCUAAGCUGAUAUAUUGCUGAUUUAAGUACAAGUUUUUGUAAUUUUCGCUGAAUAUUGUAUAUAUAAUUUCUAUAUGAUUUAUAUAUGUAAGAUAUGUGAUACAUAAUUUCGUCACAAAAAGACAUAUAACUGUAGCAAGUGGUUUUUUAUUCUAUUUUUUCAAUGUUGCACGUAAUUAAGCGACGCUCGAAAAAUUAAUCAACUUUAAACCUUAAAUAAUAGAAAGCAUUUUUUCUAUCACAAAUCUUACCUAUUUCUAAGAACUAUUCUACACAUAUCUAUAUUACGUACAAUAAUAUGGUUUCGUUUAUAUAUAGAGAUAUUCUCGCUUAAGAAGUACCUGUAUCCUUUGUACAUAAAAAGUAGUGCAGAAUACACGUACAUCGCGAUUGUCAUAAUGAUUUCUUGCCCGAGCUUUGUGUAAUAUUUCGACAUCUUAGUCUCAUUUACUGCUUGGACCGCAAGAGUACAUUCUUUAAACGUAUAAAAGGAAUAUGAGAAAAAAUGACAUGCUUAACAUAUGUCACAACGUGCGUUAUCGAUCGUGGCAAAUUUCUAGCAGGGUUUCAGUAUUUUGUACUGUCGUGAAUAGUGGAUUUACAUGUAGAGGAUGGGCGGAAAGUUCGGAAACUGGGACAGCCGAUAUCCGACAAGACAUAAACAUUGUACAUUGUUCCAUAAUUCAUUUCACUAAGGCUAAUCCUGUUAUUGACAAUAUUGCUACCUCCAUUUAUUGUCGAGAUUACACCGUACGAUUAGUUCCGUGUAUAACAUGACGAUCCCUUGUAAUUCGAUAGAUUCGGUAAUGAAAGAUCUAAAUCAUGAUAGAUAGUUGUUAAAUCGAUUGUAUCCUUAUAUCCGUCGGAAUAAAUUGUUAGUUUUACCAUCAAGAUCGUGGACGAUCAUUCGUGGAAUGAAGAGCUGCCGUUAAUCGUAGCAGAAAUUACGAUUCAAUUAAGCUUAGAGCACACGUGUAGAUCAUUCAUAACGCUACUAGCGUAGUCAUUACGAUAACAUACGUAUAUCUGAUUAAGGUAAGAAGGUUUUCUUCGCCACGAUAUUUGUAGUUACGUGAAGAAUGUUUACGUAGUAGUAUUAUUACUUUACGAUUCCCCUCUUUGUAGAAGAUUAAUCGUACUUAAUACUCGUUUUAUUUUUUUUUUGUGUGUUUUAAACGAGUGAGUCUCAAACGGCCACAUUUGGCGCUGAAUGAUGAUUUUGUUGCAGAUAGUGAAGUUGAUCUGUUAAAUUUUAUGUUAAAUUUUAUCUUAAGCUGUUAUUUAAUAGAAAGCUAUACGUAAGAAUUGUGCGAGCUGUUUAUUUUGAAAGCGAUCGAGAGAAUAUCUAAUCUCACAAUUUUAUCUCAUUUAAAUCUGUACUCGCACCCACAUACCUACCACUGUUUUCAGAAUAAACAGUUCACACGGCAGUCUAGUUUAUUUAAUUUGUUAUAAGUGCAUCUUUGUGAUAUUUAGUUUAAUCUACGACUCGAAUUCUCCGAAGAUUCGAUUUUGAGGUAUGUCUUUAUUUACGUAAAUAUAAAAUGUGCCAAAUGUGGAACGUGUACAUUUUUAGAGAAAGUAUCGAUGUACGAAAUGUAUUUUGUAAUUAAGCGGCGCGAUGCAAAACGAUCAAGCUGCUAAUAAAUAAAAUCGUUAUUGUGAACAUUUAAUAAUUUUAUUAAACGUUUAAUAAAAUAAACGUCUUCGAUAAAUGUCGGUUUUUUCAAUUGCCAUCAAAGAACAAUUAUCAAUCUUCUUUUCGAAUGACUUGAAUUUAUGUGGACCAUGAAUUUUGCUUCGCGCUCUCUUUAAAGAUUAUUGUAUAGAAAAGGUAUAGUCUCACUUUGUACGUAGAUGUUUUUAAUUAAAAUUUUUAUUUAUAACACGUACAUUUUAUUUAUUACAAAGUAUAUUUUGUAGCGGCGUCUUUUUUUCCACAAAACUGUAGAAUUUUAAUACUUCAUAGUUAUUAAGAUUUUCUCUUUACGAUAGAAUUAUACACGAAGGCGCGCGUGCUGUUGUAUUUAUGUAUCAAAAGCAUGAAUUUUAAUUGAUUUAUCAACGAUUGAAACAAAAGAUGUUAGAAAAAGAAUAAUUCAGCGAUCAGCACAGCUUUAGAUGUUAUAUUAUCGCGAGGGGAAGUUAUUUAAAAAACCUCUCUCUCCAUCCUACACAAGUUGAAUAUAAUUGAAUAUGUUUUCUAUAUUUAUAAAACGCGUUUGUACAGCUUACAAAAAAAAUGUAAGGAGUCGGAGCGUCACACGAUCUGGAAAACGACUUAUUAUACUGUAAUUAUAUCCUAUGACUGUAGUAUCAACAUUCGCCAAAAUAUUAAGAAAUAAUAUAUCUAA